AUGAUCUAUACUCGAACGGAAUGGUGGCGCACAUCAUGUGCAAAACUUACUUCUGAAGGGGAGGCAGAGCUGCAUUUUUUGUGGCAAGAAUACCUGACGGCCAGCGGCGUACGUACCCCGGCUAGCACAAAGAGUGGCAUCGUCCGCAGCCCUAUCAACACAGCUCCCAUCAGCCCCACAGUGGGGAGUCGAGAACAUUCGCACGCCUCAAAAGAAUCAAAAUGGCCAAGUCCUACCUCAAGGUCUCCGAGCGGCAUACUUGACUUCGGCUCCGUUGUCGCUGCUUCCCAGCUCUCGCAUAUCGCUGGCCAACCAGGUCAUUCUCGAACGCUGGCCCCAGACUCUCCUGAGUUCAAUGUAACAUUCUCGUUGAUGGCCUGCCCCUUGUUCCCCAGCGUCUUCCACACGCCUCCAACGGCGGCGGGACGCACACCACCACCUGAGUCCGCCAUGGGGUCCAAUCCCCAGCCUGCUGAAACGCUCUUGAAGAUAGACACAAACGUCGCGCAGCUUGCGGCGACCUCUGAGUCAACUAGCAGUGUCCGUCCAGCUAUUUUAGCAGCAAGGAGUAGUAGUACGGAACCUGGCAAAAUCAUCUUCGGUACAAUCACCGACUUCGAAGACGAACCUCUCAGUGGGGCGAUCAGCCAAAUACCCUACGGUGGAGUUCCGAUCCUACAGCAAUCAACGGUUGUUAGUACGGUCGAGACGCAGAGCGGCUCGAGUCGCAGUCUAGCCAACGAGUUUCCGCCCUCAGUCCCUAUCAGCCCGUUGGCACAAGUAGCCGCAAAUAACAGCCGCGGAAACGCCACUCAGAUCAGUGCAACCAACAGUCCUGUCUCACCAGCAGCACCUCGACGAUGGGGUGGUGCAACUACAUCGUCGGCGAGCGCAGGCAACAGUCAAAAUCCGAGUAAGGUCGAAUGA